AUGUCUUUGCAAUUAGCAUUCGAUAGAGUGAAGAAACACUCUCGUUUUUUGGCUACUGCCAACAAUUUGAAGUUAGCCCUAGCUUUGGAAUAUACUACCGGUGAUUUAAAAAUAGCAGUUGACGAUGACAGUACAGGUCCUUUGUUGAUGGGUCCAAACGGUUCUUUCCAUUUGGUGGAUGCCAAUGCGAUUUUAAGGUACGCAAUGGACGACUUUGUCGGUUCUCAAUCAAAAGAAUAUCUUGAUUCGUUGAAAAAAAUUGAAUCUUUGUUCUAUGGUGUAGAUACUUUGCCAAUUGAUCAAAUAGAUUCCUUGACAGCUACUUUGGCCUCUGCUUCUGAUUUCGUUGCCGAACCUGUGGAUGCCACUAAACUUAUCAUUUUCGCUAACGCUUUUGCCUUGAAUCAAUCUCAUUUCAAUGGAGUUACAUUCCCUGCAAAGAUUGCCAAAGCUGUUGAAAGUUUAGCUAAAUUCAUGCCUCGUGAUUUAUCAAACGUUAAGCAUACCGGCGAACAACGUGUUCAAGCUGGUUUGACAGUGGAAAAAUCAACAGGUGACAUCUUACCAAAAGAUGGAGAAAGAAACAUUCUAAUCACUUCUGCGUUACCAUACGUUAACAACGUCCCACAUUUGGGUAACAUUGUCGGUAGUGUUUUAUCCGCUGAUAUCUUCUCUCGUUAUUGUAAAACUAGAAAUUACAACACUUUGUUCAUUUGUGGUACUGAUGAAUAUGGUACCGCUACCGAAACUAAGGCCUUAGAAGAAGGUGUCACCCCUCGUGAGUUAUGUGAUAAAUACCAUGAAAUCCAUGCUCAAGUCUAUAAAUGGUUCCAAAUUGACUUCGAUUAUUUUGGUAGAACCACUACUGAAAAGCAAACUGAAAUCGCUCAAGAUAUUUUCUUGAAGUUGAACAAGAAUGGUUUCUUAGAAGAACAGUCUAUGAAACAACUAUACUGUCCUGUACACAAUUCCUUCUUGGCUGAUAGAUAUGUCGAAGGUGAAUGUCCAAAAUGUCAUUAUGAAGAUGCCCGUGGUGAUCAAUGUGACAAGUGUGGUGGUCUAUUAGAUGCAUUCGAAUUGAUUAACCCUCGUUGUAAACUAGACAAUGCUACUCCAGAACCAAAAUUCUCAGAUCAUAUCUUCUUGUCCUUAGAUAAGUUGGAAAAGAACAUUGCUGACUGGGUUGCAAAGGCCUCCGAUGAAGGUAACUGGUCAAAGAACUCUAAAACUAUCACUCAAUCCUGGUUGAAGGAUGGUCUACAUCCUCGUUGUAUCACCAGAGACUUAGUCUGGGGUACUCCAGUUCCAUUAGACAAAUAUAAGGAAAAGGUCUUGUAUGUUUGGUUCGACGCCACCAUCGGUUACGUUUCUAUUACCGCUAAUUACACUAAUGAAUGGCAAAAAUGGUGGAAGAAUCCAGAUAAUGUCAAACUAUAUCAAUUCAUGGGUAAAGACAACGUGCCAUUCCACACCGUUAUUUUCCCAGGUUCUGAAAUUGGUACUGAUGAUGGAUGGACUAUGUUGCAUCAUUUGAAUACUACUGAAUAUUUACAAUAUGAAGGUGGUAAGUUCUCAAAGAGUAGAGGUGUUGGUGUCUUCGGUAACAAUGCACAAGAUUCUGGUGUUUCACCAAGUGUAUGGAGAUACUAUUUGGCCUCUGUUAGACCAGAAUCCAGUGAUUCUCAUUUCUCAUGGGACGAUUUCGUUGCUAGAAACAACAGUGAGUUAUUGGCUAACUUGGGUAACUUUGUUAACAGAAUUAUUAAGUUUGUCAAUGCUAAGUACAACGGUGUUGUUCCAGCUUAUGAUCCAAAGAAAUUGGAAAAUUACGGUGGCUUAUGUUCUGAUAUCGAAAAGAUCUUGAACAACUAUAUCAGUGAGAUGGAACAAGCUCAUGAAAGACGUGGUUUGGAAUUAGCCAUGUCCUUGAGUGCUCGUGGUAAUCAAUUCUUACAAGAAAACAAAUUGGACAACACCUUGUUCUCCCAAAAUCCAGAUAAAUCCGAUGCUGUUGUCGGUGUUGCCUUAAACAUGGUUUACACUGUUGCUUCAAUAAUCUAUCCAUAUAUGCCAGAAACUUCAGAGGCAAUCUACAGAAUGUUGAACGUCCCACAAUUAAGAAUCGAUGAUAAAUUUAACUUGGCGAUCCAAGGUGGUCACAACAUUAACAAAGCAGAAUACUUAUUCCAACGUAUAGAUGAAAAGCAAAUAGACAGCUGGAGAAAGAAAUAUGGUGGUCAACAAGAGAAAUGA